AUGACAACCAACCACCGCCCAUAUAUCGGGGCCGGAAAUGCCACCCAACUCAUCCACCUCCCAGCAAACAUCGCAGGCUAUCUGUAUCGGUCAUUUUUAGGCCAGGCAAUUAGUGUUUGGGCGAUUUACCAUCUACUGCGAGUUGUAAACAGCCACAUUUCGCAGCGCAAACAGAAUAAUUGGGUGCAAGCGCCACCCUGGGAUACGUUGACGGAGCUCGUGCUUCUAACUGGCGGGAGCAGUGGAAUAGGAAAUCAGGUGAUGCGUGAUCUGUCGAGACUGCAUAUAAAAACCGUUAUACUUGAUGUUCAGGAGCCAAAACAACCUCUGCCGGACAAUAUAUUCUUCUAUAAUGUCGGCCUGACCUCCUCUACUGCGAUUGCGGAGACAGCCACUCAGGUUCGCCGCGACCACGGUUCUCCGACAAUACUGAUCAAUAAUGCAGGGGUGGGGUCUGUGGGGAGUAUUCUGGAGGAACCGGAAGAGAAUAUCCGCCGGACUCUGGAAGUCAAUAUGGUUUCCCACUUCUGGACCGUGAAAGAAUUGCUGCCAGAUAUGGUCAAGAGUUAUCAUGGACAUAUUGUGUCUAUCGCCAGCAUGGCUAGCUUUGCUGGCCUGAAUGGAAUGGCAGAUUACGCCUGCACAAAGGCCGGGGCUUUAGAAUUCCAGGAAAGCUUGUCGCAGGAAAUCCGGCAUCUGUAUGGCGCUAGGCGGAUCCGAACGAGCAUAAUUCAUCCAAUGUGGGUACACACCCCGAUGCUCGACAGCCUCCUGUCCAGCGGUGCGCAAUUCAAGAGUCCCACGCUGGCCCCUGAGAGCGUGUCUGCGGCAAUCAUAAGACAGCUUAUGCGUGGCAAUGGGGGACAGGUAAUCAUUCCGGCGUCACUUGGAUUUGCCUCCAUGCUUCGCGGACUGCCGAACUGGCUACAGGAAGUAAUGCGGGACCGUUCCUCACGGCAGCUUACCUCCUUGUGA